AUGUCCCAGCACCUGGUCCUCCCACUUGUGAUGCUCGCCUUCAGUCCCAUCCCAGGAGACUUCCAGGACUCAGCUCUCAGUCCCACCCAAGAAGAACCUGAAGAUCUGGACUGUGGUCGCCCGGAGCCCUCUGCCCGGAUCAUGGGGGGCUCAGACGCACAGCCCGGCACCUGGCCAUGGCAAGUGAGCCUGAAUUACAGGGGGGUCCACAUUUGCGGGGGCUCUCUCAUCGCCCCCUCCUGGGUCCUCUCCGCUGCACACUGUUUCGUAGAGAACGGGACCGUGGAGCCCGCGGCCGAGUGGUCGGUCCUGCUGGGCAUGCAUUCCCAGGACGCGCCCCGCGGCCGCACGCAGCUCCGCGCCGUGGCGGCCAUCCUGGUGCCCGACAACUACAGCGACGUGGUGCUGGGCGCCGACCUGGCCCUGGUGCUCCUGGCCUCGCCCGCCAGCCUGGGCCCCGCGGUGCGGCCCGUCUGCCUGCCCCGCGCUUCGCACAGAUUCGCUCACGGCAGGACCUGCUGGGCCACCGGCUGGGGCAACGUCCAGGAGGAGGACCCCCUGCCCCUCCCGUGGGUGCUACAGGAAGUGGAGCUAAAGCUGCUGGGAGAAACCACCUGUCAGUGUCUCUAUAGCCGGCCAGGCCCCUUCAACCUCACGUUCCAGCUAUUUCCAGGGAUGCUGUGUGCUGGCUACCCUGAGGGUCGCAAGGACACCUGCCAGGGAGACUCUGGGGGGCCCCUGGUCUGUGAGGAAGGCGGCCGCUGGUACCAGGCAGGAAUCACCAGCUUUGGCUUCGGCUGUGGACGGAGGAACCGACCCGGAAUCUUCACUGCUGUGGCUUCCUAUGAGGCAUGGAUCCGAGAACAGGUGAUGGGUUCAGAGCCUGGGCCUGCCUUUCCCACUCAGGCCCCUGAAUCCCAGUCAGGCCCUCAGGAGCAUGCAGAAGAGAACUGCACCAUAGCCCUGCCAGAGUGUGGGCAGGCAGCGCAGCCAGGGGUCUGGCCCUGGGAAGCCCAGGUGACGGUGCCAGGAUCCAGACCCUGCUAUGGGGCCCUGGUGUCUGAAAGCUGGGUCUUGGCGCCGGCCAGCUGCUUUCCCGACCCGGUCAGCGCGGCCCGUCAGCCGGGAGGCCUGGACGAGUGGCGCGUGCUGCUGCCUGGGCGCCCGCGCGCGGAGCCGGUGGCGCGCCUGGUGCGGCACGAGAACGCCUCGAGGGACGCCGCCUCGGACCUGGCACUGCUGCAGCUGCGCGCGCCCGUGAACCUGAGCGCGGCUCCGCGGCCAGUGUGCCUGCCGUAUCCCGACCACUAUUUCCUGCCCGGGAGCCGCUGCCGCCUGGCUCGCUGGGGCCGCGGAGAGCUGGCGCCCGGCCGCAACACGCUGCUGGAGGCGGAGCUGCUGGGCAGCUGGUGGUGUCACUGCCUGCACGGCGGCCGGGGGGCCUCGGUGCCGCCUCCUGGGGACCCUCCGCUGGCGCUCUGCCCCGCCUACCAGGAGGAGGAGGAGAAGGGCCGCUGCUGGAACGACUCGCGGUGGAGCCUUCUGUGCCGGGAGGAGGGGACCUGGUUCCUAGCUGGAAUCAGAGAUUCUUCCAGUGAUUGCCUGCGUCCCAGGGCCUUCUCCCCCCUACAGACCCACGGCCCGUGGAUCAGCCAUGUGACUCAGGGAGCAUACCUGGAGGACCAGCUGGCCUGGGACUGGGGUCCUGAGUGGGAGAAGAUUGAGACCCAGACUUGUCCCCCACACACAGAGCAGGGUGCCUGUGGCCUGAGGCCAGAGCCUGCUUCCAUGGGGGUCCUGUGGCCCUGGCUGGCAGAAGUGCAUGUGGCUGGUGAUCACGUCUGCACUGGGAUCCUUGUGGCCCCAGGCUGGGUCCUGGCAGCCACUCACUGUGUCCUCAGGCUGGGCUCUACAACAGUGCCUUACAUUGAAGUGUACCUGGGCCGGGCAGGGGCCAGCCCCCUCCCACAGGGCCACCAGGUAUCCCGGUCAGUCGUAAGCAUCCACCUGUCCCGACACCUGGGAUUUCGGUCCCCCCUGGCUCUCCUGAAGCUUAGCUCUCGGGUGGAGCCCUCCCCGUCAGCCUUGCCAAUCUGUCUUCACCCCGGGGGUAUCCCCCUGAAGACCAGCUGCUGGGUGCUGGGCUGGAAGGACCCCCAUGACCGAGUCCCUGUGGCUGCUGCUGUCUCCAUACUGACACCACGUCUCUGUCACUGCCUCUAUCAGGGCAUUAUGCGCCCUGGGACUCUCUGUGUCCUAUAUGCAGAGGGGCAGAAGGACAGAUGUGAGGUGACCUCUGCACCUCCCCUCCUGUGCCAGACUAAUGGAGGCACCUGGGCCCUCAUGGGCAUGGCUGUUCGAGGGACCCAAGAGCUGUUUGCUGCCAUUGGCCCUGAAGAGGCCUGGAUCUCCCAGACAGUGGGGGAGGCCCAUUUCCUGCCCUCCAGUGACUUCCCCCACUGGUCCCCUGAAGGCGGUGACUUCUGCCCCGGGGAUCUGGCAAGAGCCUCAGGCUCCCCUCAGGUUGCUCUGUUCCUUUUGCUUCUGACUCUACUGAUCCAGGACUCCUCUGGGCCCUGCUAUUCCAGGCACUGGAAUCCUUGGGGGCAGCAAGAGGAACAGACAAUAAAUGGAGCUGAUGGGGCUGAAGUCCUCUGCGGCGUGGUCUCGCAAGCCCGCAUCACAGGUGGCAGCAACGCAGCCCCCGGCCAGUGGCCCUGGCAGGUCAGCAUCACCUAUGAUGGCACCCACGUGUGCGGCGGCUCCCUCGUGUCUGAGCAGUGGGUGCUGUCUGCGGCUCACUGCUUCCCAAGGGAGCACUACACGGAUGGCUACGAGGUCAAGCUGGGGGCCCAUCAGCUGAGUUCCCACAGCUAUGACACCGAGGUCCAAACCGUGGACCGGGUCAUCUCGCAUAGCAGCUACCAGCAGGAGGGCUCCCAGGGCGAUAUCGCGCUCCUCCGGCUCAGCAAGCCCGUCACCUUCUCCCGCUACAUCCGGCCCAUCUGCCUCCCUGCCGCCAACGCCUCCUUCCCCAACGGCCUCAUGUGUACUGUCACGGGAUGGGGCCAUGUGGCCCCCUCAGUGAGCCUCGAGGCGCCCAAGCCACUACAGCAACUCCAGGUACCGCUGAUCAGUCGGGAGACGUGUAACUGCCUGUACAACAUCAAUGCAAAGCCCGGGGAGCCCCACACUAUCCAGCAGGACAUGGUGUGUGCUGGCUAUGUGAAGGGGGGCAAGGAUGCCUGCCAGGGGGAUUCUGGGGGCCCACUCUCCUGCUUUGUGGAGGGCCACUGGUACCUCGCAGGCAUUGUGAGCUGGGGCGAUGCUUGUGGGGCCCCCAACAGGCCAGGUGUAUACACUAUGACUUCUAGCUAUGCCUCCUGGAUUCACCAUCAUGUGGCAGAGCUCCAGCCUCGUGUGGUACCCCACAUCCAGACAUCCCAGCCUGACGACCACCUCUGCAGGAACUCUCAGUCCUUCAACUCUGCCCCGGCCCAGGGCCUGUGGGGGCCCAUUAUACUGCUGCCAUUAGCUCUGAGCCUGGGCCUCCUCCCCGUGUGGCACAGGCACUAAGCAACUCUCCCUGGGAGCUGACCCUGCCGCCAGGACUUCCACGCGCACCCCCAGAAUGGACUGCGCCCGCCCUGACAUUCUUUGGGCCUUGGCCUGGCAUGAGCCAUCCUUCCUCCCAGGACCCUGUGGGAGUCCAGCAUGCCACCCUGACCCGCUCUUGUGGGUUUGCCCUUUGGACUACAACCAGCUGGGGGCCUGCCUGCCUGUGGUGUCGUGAGGACGUCUGCCGGCCAAGAGCCACUGGCUGGGCUCCUAUGGAGCCACCAAGGGAGCCUUAGCUGUGAAACCCGGCGCCGGCUCCCUCGUUUCCAGAGACUGGGCAGCUGACUGCUGCUUGAAAGGCUGGCUCCAGGGCCCCGCCUGCCCGACGAGCCCGUCACUUCACCUUCUGGUCUUCUGCCCUGGGUUGUCUCUGGGCAGCUGUCUUCAGGCACAGGAGGCCUCAGUCUUGCCCCCUAGGCUGCCCCCUUGAGCCCCUAGACUCCGGAGGACUGAGCCCCCACCGGAACUGGGCUUAGAUUUGGAUCCGGGGUGGGGA